AUGGAGACGACCAACGACUCCUUUGAUCUAAUCGGUACAACUGCACCUGAUAUUGGCAAUGAUAUUGGGCUGAUACACAACACAAUGUCUCUCAUACUCUAUUCCCCGUCCUUUAUCUGUGGUGUGCUCAGGAAUGGAGUGGUUAUCUGGGUGACCUGGUUCAAGAUGAAGAAAACUGUUAACACAGUUUGGUUCCUCAACCUUGCUGUGGCUGACUUCGUCUUUUUGAGACAUUCUCUGAACACCAUGUCUAUCGUUGUGUACUCCCUGGCUUUUGUCCUCGGUGUGCUCGGGAAUGGAGUGGUUAUCUGGGUGACCGGAUUCAAGAUAAAGAAAACUGUUAACACAGUUUGGUUCCUCAACCUUGCUGUGGCUGACUUCCUCUUCACUGCAUUUUUGCCCCUGAGUGUGACUUACACAGCUUCAGAUUUCCACUGGCCUUUUGGCAACUUCAUGUGCAAGCUGAACACCACCAUCAGCUUUCUGAACAUGUUUGCCAGUGUCUACAUUCUGGUGGUAAUCAGUGUGGAUAGAUGUGCGUCUGUGGUGUGGCCCGUCUGGGCUCAGAACCACCGAAAUGUACGCAAAGCAUCCUAUGUGAGUCUGUGUGUUUGGGUGGUGGCUUUGAUUCUCAGUGCUCCAUACUUCAUCUUCAGGGACGUCGGACCAUCGUACCACAAUAAGGAUAUCAUCAACUGCUUCAACAACUAUGCUCUUUCUGGUGACGAGGACACAUAUCAUGAGACUCAUCAGGCCAUGAUUAUCACGCGUUUCCUACUGGGAUUUGUUGUGCCCUUUACUGUCAUUGUCUCUUGUUAUGCUGUUAUAAUCCAUCGUCUCAGAAGAAACCACACACUGGCCAAUCAGUCAAGUCGCCCCUUUAAGAUCAUCGCUGCCAUUAUCAUCAAUUUCUUUCUGUGCUGGGCUCCCUUUCACAUCAUGGGUCUAAUUGAGAUGGCAAAUCACAUGCCAGAAUAUUCAAGUGAGAUAUUAGAUGAUAUCACCAUAAUUGGGUUACCAAUAGCCACCAGCCUGGCCUUUCUCAACAGCUGCUUGAAUCCACUGCUGUAUGUGUUCAUGGGCCAAGAUUUUAAAGAUAAAGUCCACAAAUCCAUCCUGAUUGUGCUGGAGAGUGCCUUCCAGGAAGAGGAGACACACAAAGUCAGUAGACCAGUCAGAACCAAGAGAGUUCAGAUUUGA